AAAGAGUUCCCAUUUUUUCUUCCUCUCUCACUUGCUUACAACCCUUGUGGAGGUGGACCUUUUUGAAUUUUUUGCAAAAUUUUCAUGUUUUUCUUACUCAAAUUUUCAAGUGUCGACUCCUGCAGUAACAGAAAAUUCAAUUUCAGUCCAUAACUAAUCGAAGAAAUGGUAGGCUGCAAGGUUUGCAUAAAGAAAAAUAGAAGAGAUCAUUGGCUUAACACCCUUUUGCUUAGCAAAUUCUUCGGUUCCUGCGGUGUUCAUCAACACCUUCGGAAAAACGAGAAGAAUGUGUUCUGCAUAGACUGCAGCCUCCACCUCUGCAGGCAUUGCAUGACAUCUCAUUGCCUUCACAAAAAGCUUCAGAUCUGCAAAUACGUUUAUCAUGAUGUCAUUCGCCUUCAAGAAAUUCAGAAGCAUCUUGACUGCUCCAAAAUUCAGACAUAUAAAAUCAAUGGCGAGAAAGCUGUGCAUCUAAAUCCUCGUCCUCAAUCCAAAGACGCGAAACCAUCAACAAAAGCAAAGUUUGGUGCUUCCUGUGAAGCUUGUGGGAGAUAUCUACAGGACAUGCCAAAUCGCUACUGCUCCAUCGCAUGCAAGGUAUCGAUAGUUUCAGUGAAGCCGAAAGACCACCAAAGUCACAAAUUCAUCACCGUUGCAAUGCGCGAAUACGCUGAAUUUUCGCCAAAAGGUAACUACAAUUCGGAAACAAAUAUGAGUGAAAUGGAAUCAUCGUCUAUCUCGUUAGCCGAGUCAUCUGAGGAGAUGAAUGCUUGGGUGUGUCCAGCAUUGAAGCCGAGGAGGCUUUUGCACAAGAGGAAAGGCAUUCCUCGCAGAGCUCCUCUAUGCUGAUGCCUAAACAGGAUCAAAGAUAUUUUUGCUCUUUUUUCCUUUCCUAAGGAUUCGAAUGUGAAAAAUGAAGUGUCGUCUUGACUACCUGCUUCUUUUUAAUUUUUUCUUCUAAAUUUUUCGUUAUAUCUAAAGCAUUAAUAAAACCAUAAAACCACAGCCGGUAUUUUCUAAUGUAAGUUUUUGAAUUUGUACAGCAUAAAGAGGUGAUAUAUCUUGAGAGAUUUGUUGGGAUUUACUAUACUUUUCAUAUUUCUUAAGACAAGAUUAGAACUUGUAAA